AUGGACAACCAAGCAAGCGCCGAUGCAGGAGCUGGAGCUGGAGCAGCUACAAGAGGAACAACAGGAGGAACAGGAGCAAAUACGAACCAAUCUCAAUUCCCAGCGCAUGAGAAUCCGCGAGUUUGGCUGUUUUCAUCUGGCGAUUCUCCCAUAGGAAUCUCGUUGGCUCGUCAGAUCCUCGCACAUGGCGACUAUGUGGUUUGCGGCCGGUGUCCGGUCGACUCUGAAAGAGAGAACCCCAGGCUUGCAGCUUUCGAAAGCUUCCUCGAAGCCCUAGAUAGCGUGGAGGCCGGGAAGGAUACUACUGGUUUGAGGGAGAGGAUAAUGAGCGACUGUCAGGCUGCGAUUGCUAGUACUAUCAAUAAGUACGGACGAAUUGAUAUCAUCCUCUGCUGCACGAGUCAGGCUGUCAUCGGGUCCGUUGAAGAACUUGCGACCUCCGAGCGGGCACGAAUGUUAUUGAAAGAUCAGUUUGAAACUAACUACUUUGGUCCUGUGAAUUUGAUCAAAUCCGCUCUUCCGCAGAUGCGAGCCCAGAGAUCUGGUCAUCUCAUGGUCCUAGGGGGAAUCACUGGACAUAUUGGCACACCUGGUCUGGGGGUGUACUGUGCCGCAGAAUGGGCAUUAGAUGGAUAUUGUGAUAGCCUUGCAUACGAGGUGGCGCCAUUCAACAUCCGAAUUACAAUCCUCCAGAGUAGCGUUGAGGUUGGGGUGCUGUCCAAUCUAAUCACCAGCGUGCCACCACUCAACGCCUACUCACCAGCCCAAAACCAUGCGCCCCUUUUCCGAGGAAUCAUGAACAGCGUCCUCUCCCAUAUUCCGGGUGUCAGCGGGUACGGCCGGUCACUAUAUCUUUCACCGACGCAGGCUUCGAUCUCGUCCCCUGGUAGUGUGAAGCAGGAACCUGCUGCAAAGGAUAACAACGAGCCGCUAUCAUCACCGUCAGGCGUCUCGUUAUAUCCGCCACUUGGCUCCGAGCACCUGGAAAUGUUAAUGGCGGAAACAAUGUAUGCCAUAACUGCUAUUGGAGGCCAUGAGAACCCCCCAGCUCGACAUAUCGUUGGAGCGGAGUCUGUGGCCUGCGUGAAGGAAAAGCUAAAGACAGUCAGCGAAGAGCUGGAAGACUUCAUCGAGUGUAGCUGUGCUGUGGAUAUAAAUAGCACGGAGACCCCUUCGCGGGUCAUGGGCGAUGAGACGGUGGCCCAGACAGAGGCAUGA